AUGGCCAAGAAGAAGUCUUCUAAAAAGGCUGCCUCAAAGGCAAGAGAAUGCUGUCAUGAGAAGAAAGAAAGCCCUUCAGAUAGGCGAGGUAUCAACGAGGAAUUCACUAUCAUCGGUGAUGCAGAUAUUCAGAAUGCUCUUUCGAAUUUGACUUUACAGUCCGGUGUACCUGUAGCUGACAGCUCGAAUCAUGCCACCAGCCAAGCUGAAUCAUCUCAAAGCUCCUCCAAUACGGCCAACAAAAUGGGUGUUCAAGAAAACAAUCCAACAGCGGCUUCACCUGGCGCAACUGAGGCAAAACAAAACCCUAACCACUCAACUCGAAGUCAAACCAAACAAAAAGAAAAAGAAAAUCCCAAAACUCAUCCUCACGAGGAAACCACCCCAGAAUUCCUCAACGCCCUUAACGCCCUCAUCGCCAUAAAACUCCAAUCCGAGAUCCAAACCAGACUCGAAAAUUCCAUCAAGGAGCUGAACGAAGUAAUCAAAGUAACAACCGAUGCAAACAUACCUACUUUCAAUUUCCAGGGUACACCGACUUCAAGAUCUUCAGUCCAGCAAUUAGAGAAAGAGUUCCAUCUGGAUGAAUUGCGAGUUAUAUGUCGGGAAUACAAGGAGGCGAGUGAGAAGAGUAUUGCGGAGAUUCAUAGGAGGAAUCAAGAGGUGCUUUUGAAGUUUGGGAAGUGGAGGAAUGAGAGAAUUAUGCAGGGAGUUUUCGUGGUGGUUGAUUGA